CGGCACUGUUUGCAGAGGCCUAUUACGGUGCGACAACGGUCGUGAUUGAUGGAGAAAAAAGUGAUAGCAGCGACAAGGCGAAGGAUCGCGAUCGCUUGCUUCUCCACGCACCCUAUGGCUACUAUCUCCCCUCAGUCUACAAGGUCCUAGCUGCAGUUGAUUUGCAGAAGUUUGUGGGGACCCACUGUCGUUUGAAUCUGCUCACCGGAAUUUUACAAGGGUUGGAGCUGGAAGCUUGGGGCAGUGACGGUAAGAUCAACGGUAGAAGUUGCGGUGCAACUGCUAAUGCCCAGUACAAGCGCAUCGAACAGCACCACUGGAGCCACGGAAGUGACUCGUCAGCACAAAUUGUGGAAAAAUUCUUGCGUGACGCAGUCCAGUGCCCAUUUUUGCGGAGGGACGUUCGACAAGUCUCGUUAUUGGCCAGAAUCAGUGCGGCUUUGGAAGAACAGGUUCGGGUUCCGCAGGUGGAAGCAGGGACGACUCUUUCGACAAGGCUUUCGCCUGAAACUGGACGACAGCUAGUAUACACGGCGUCAUCAUCGAAUAAGACAACGCGAGAACAGUUGGACGAACUGUUUCUACGGACUUUGAACCUGGGAAAAGCUACUGGUGCCAGUAGUACGACGGGGCAGCAUGAUAGCGAAGGCGAUAUCUACUUCAAUCUGGCCGGCGCUAACUCGGGUGCUGCUGAGCCUUUGUCCACCCGCGCUUUAGAACAAGUACCAUGCUACCAUUACCCCCAGCAGCAACAGCAGCUCCGCAGCCGCGACGCGCUGAGCAUAGCUUCCGGUUUGAAAAAUAGGCACCCAGAGGAGCUAGCAGCAGUGAUUGAUGCUGUUUGUUCAAGGAUAUUGAGGUUGAACAGUGGUUGGAAUCUGCGGAACUGCAGCUUCAGCCCAACGAGCUCUUUCGGCCUUUUCUCAAGUGAGUGUCCCCGCGAGGACGAAAGUAUGAGCGCGGAAUGGUCGGAUUUCAAGCAGGCUGUAACCCUUGCCGUGGACGCGCAGUUGUCGGUCCGGCGGUGGCCGAGCUUGGUGGAAGUAGGUAGCUCAGAGGACGGAGCUUGCUCUGUUCCUGGGUCAGCAAUAAGUCACCAUGCUCUUGCCCCAGUACCGCUACCUGACCUGGCGAUCUUGCUGGAACGACAAGUCGAGGGCUGUACAAAAGCGCUGGCGCAGGAGACGCUGCGCCGCAGCGCGUCACAGGCACAGGCUAGAAGUUGUGCAGGAGCAUUAUCGGAAAUAAAGCACGAUGAAGUAGAAGAUACUCGACCGAAAUUACUCGACACCGCAACCUGGCUGUGCUGGAGCAUAGCUAAUUUGGACUUCGGUCGUGCGUCGGGAGCAGGUGUAGGUGGUGCUUCACCUCAGGGGAACAAGCGGCUUCAACAGCAUCGAGAGGCGCUUCACCAGGGGACUCUAGCGGCGAGCAGAGUGUCAGACGAGAACAUCACACCUUCGUCCUCUUUCGGCUCUACCUGCUCUAGCGAGCUAAUCACUGCUGCUCGUUCUAACGAACCAAAGAAUGUUCAUGUUGUUGAGUGGCAGGAGGAGCUUCAGUACCCAGUAGAGCAAGACGCCAUGACGAGAAGUGCAGCGGAAGAUGCUUUAUGUUUAUUCUCUAAAAACACGGCAGCACGACGACCAACACGAGGGACCACAUCACCCGGCGCUGCAGUGGGUCUGUUGCAGCAGUGUUUAGCGACUUGUUCAUCGAGUGUGGUAACGCGAACCUCCGCGCUGGUAGGUCCUGGUGCUCCACCAUCUCGCACGAGGAGCAUGGAGAACGACCGGCAAGGCUACUACUUGAAAAGCACAUCCAAAGGAAAACAGCCCCUCAAAAUCGGGCUCGAUCUUGUGCAAAGGAUUGGGUAUGCAGCGGUGUUAUUGCCGUUGCACGAAGAACAAGAGGCAUUUCUUUCGAUGCAGAACAGAGCCCGAUCUUCGAGCAACAUGUUUUGGCUUCAGUGGCUGGCGUUGUCUUCCCGGGUGGUAGAGGCAUCAAAGCCCGGAAAUGUUGGUCAUCUGAUAAGCGGUCCACAUUCCUCAACGGUCGUGACGAAAUCUUCCACUACAACUGAAAAAGACGACGCACAGAGGACGCAGACACUUCCAGCCCUUCGAAGCAGAAGCACGCCGAGGACCUGCAAGCAAGGCCUCGCGGUCGCGUUGUAUCAGUGUGCGCAGCAACUCGUAUUACAGCAAGGCUCGGCGUGGUCGUCGUGUGCGGGGCAGGAAGGAACAACCCUGUGCCUAAGCACGACGUACAGCCGAUUGUCGUUCGCAACUCUGCAGAACCUGUGGCAGCUCGUCACGAACUUUCUCGGGAUAAAAACGGGCGACGAGAAGGCGGCACGGGCACCUCUGGAAGAAGGAGACGGAAAGAAAGGAAAUAACGAGCUGGAGGAUGAGCCCCCACCGCACCCCAGUAGCUUGCAAAACGAAGUCUCCGAGAUUCUCUGUCGUGUCGUCAUGUUCGAUUGCAGUACGACCUCUACUUCUACACAUGAUAUCGAUAAGCGGCCGCGUCGUGUGCAUAUCGAGCAGUUGGCUGCCCAGUAUCUUCCAGUAGACAUCAUUGUUUCCCUUGCACCAGCAUGAGCAACAAUUGUAAAUGUAGUCGUGAAAAUGCCCAGUGGGGGGAGGAGCAGCAUCACGCACUGCCUUUUUGUCAUCUUCAGGUUUUGUGUACUUGAAGGUCCGCUGCUGCUGGAGUGAAGUUGCACCUUUAAAACAAGACAGCGCGCUACCGAGAAUGUUAAUGUUUCCCUUGUUUCGCUACUUCCAAGCUGCACGCCUUAAUACCAAAAAACGAAGGUUGUCGGACCCUCUUCUACUUUUUCAUCGCGGGCCUCGGUUCAUGCGAAAGUUAGGCCCGUGCUGAUGUCGAACAGGCACGAAAAAAGCUCGUAUCCUUCUUGUCAGCG